CACGUCACACUCGUAAUGGCCAUCCAUGGAGCUGUGGUAUUGUUGGGAAAAGCACUCUGUAGGCCUAUAGACCGAGGUUGUCGGUAUGCAGAAUAAAAUUCGCACAUCAAACAUUACAAAUAGAGGUAAUAUAAUUCCAUUUUAACCAACUAUUAAGCCUUCUAUUAUAAGAUAAGGGUGUAGGUAGGCCGUUAAGGUAAAUAAGAAUUUGUUCUUAACUGACUUGCAUAGUUAAACAAAAUAAAUAAAUGUAGGGUUAUAGUUUGAAUAGCCUAUUCCCAUCUAUUUUUCAGAAUGUGUACGAUAAGCAUGCAAAUAUAUAGCUAUUGAAUAGUCAUAACACUGAUAAAUGUUGAUAAACUGUCAGCAAUACAUCUCUGUAUCAACGCAAUUCCAGCGAUGACUGGUGGAGAUGCGCUCUUCCACAGCGGUAAUCAAUAGACGAAUGCAGGUACCCUGCCUCCUCGCAUACGCACUCUGUCGCUACAUCACCACGCAUUCUGACUCCACCGUGCAGUCUCUUAUUUCCAUCUCCAUCACUACUGCAUAUGAAGAAGAAUCACAAGGAUAACGGGUUGCUCCCUCAACAUCUGGAGCGCCACGUUUUACCACGCAGAGACAGUCGCUCUGCCUCUGAGAAAGAUACGGGUGAGACGGAGGACGGAGCACUUGACACCUUGCUUCACCGCAUCGAUAUGCAGUAGUGUGACACCAAUUCUGCGGAGACAUAGAGGCCAUUCCAUGACAUCCUAAUAUUACAUUGAGGGGAUUGCGCAUUCGUGAUCAAAGGUAGUCUCGUUAGUGGUGCCGAACGGAUUUAUUUGGCUAUAGGACGGGGGAAAUUAAUAAUAUCCAUAUUUGAUCAAUACCUACCGUGAGAUAUCGUUGGACCUGCAAUGGACUCCAACGUAGGGGAAUAUGGAAUGGCUCGCUUGGGAAUCUUUAUGGUUUUGAUGGGGCUGUGGCGGUUUAGUGCAGCUUGCCCUGCGUUCUGCACUUGCAGCAUCUCAAGGAUUGCUUGUAUCGAUCCUGAACCAGGGAUCGAGGAUUUCCCUAUCCUUACGUUAGAUGACAUAGAAAUGGACAUCAACAUCACCGAUAUAUACAUUGCAAAUCAAAACAGACUAUUUGACAUCAAUGAUAACAGCUUGAAGUACUACUCAAAUCUCAGAAAUCUAACUGUGACAAAUACGAAAUUGACUUCUAUCUCAUCUCAGGCCUUUUUCAACAAUACAAGACUUCAAUAUCUGAAUCUGAGAGACAAUGACUUGUCAACACUCUCUUGGAAAACAUUCCAAAACUUAAACAUGACAUCUUUUCCUCUCCUGUCUGGUAACCCUCUGAAGUGUGUAUGUGAGAACAUGUGGAUCAAACUGAGGCUGCAAGAGGACAUUGACAGUACAGAGAGUCAAGAGCUGAAAUGCAUAGAUGACAGAGCAAUAAGGAGGGCCAUCUCCAGAUUCUCUCCCCCUGAUUGUGAGGCUCCCGCAGUGGAGGUCAGUCCCUCUAUCAUCAAAAUGACGGAGGGAAGUGAUGUCAGAGCAGUGUGCAGUGCAACAGGGUCUCCUGCCCCUGAUAUCUUGUGGAAUAUUGACAGUUUGUUUACUAUCACUAAGAUCAAUGCCUUGGAACUGGAGAGCAAUCUGACACUGUUAGGUCUCUCGCCUUCGGACAAUGGCAGAGUGAUCACUUGCAAUGUUGAGAACGUAGUCGGUCAAACCGAGGCUUACCUCCAACUCAACAUCCUGUUUCGCCCCACUAUCCUGGAGCUGCUGGAGCCAUUGCGCCUCCACCACUGGUGUAUCCCCUUCAGUGUGACCGGAAACCCCAAGCCCGAGCUACGCUGGUACCACAAGGACCAAGAGCUCCACGAACAGGAGUACAUCAAGACCGAGAUCCACGAGAGCACAGGGAGCGUUCACCACGGCUGCCUGAAGCUUGUCAACCCGACUCACAUCCACAAUGGGCAGUAUACGCUGGUGGUCAGGAACGAGUACGGGGAGGAUCGUAAAGAAAUCGACGCCCACUUCCUGCUCCCGCCAGACCCAGACUACGAUACAGAACCGCCAUAUACCUACCCUUACUUACCACUACCCCCAAUAGAGGACAGUGUUGCAGUGUACAUAGUGGUGGGGAUCGCUGGCGUGGCAUUAAUUGGAUGUGUCCUGAUGGUGAUCAUUCUGAAAUACGGAAGAAACUCAAAGUUUGGGAUGAAGGGCUCCUCCUCAGUCAUCAGUAAUGACGAUGACUCCGCCAGUCCUCUUCAUCACGUCUCCAACGGCAACAACACCCCGUCGUCCUCGGAGAUGGGCCACGACGCGGUGAUCAUUGGAAUGACAAAGAUCCCUGUCAUCGAGAACCCACAGUAUUUCCGCCAAUCUGGCAGCAUGCUGAAAUCGGACACGUUUGUCCAGCAUAUCAAGAGACACAACAUUGUGCUGAAGCGUGAGCUGGGAGAGGGGGCCUUUGGGAAGGUGUUCCUGGCUGAGUGCUACAACCUGAUCCCAGAUCAGGACAAGAUCCUGGUGGCUGUCAAGACGUUGAAAGAGGCCAGCGAGAGCGGUCGAGCCGACUUCCACCGGGAGGCGGAGCUACUGACCAACCUGCAGCAUGAGCACAUCGUUACCUUCUAUGGCGUGUGUGUGGAGAGUGACCCGCUCAUCAUGGUGUUCGAGUACAUGAAGCACGGCGACCUCAACAAGUUCCUCAGGUCCCAUGGUCCUGACGCAGUGCUGAUGGCUGAUGGGCAGCACAGCCUGAUGGUGGAGCUGACCCAGUCCCAGAUGCUGCUCAUCGCCCAGCAGAUUGCUGCAGGAAUGGUUUACCUAGCCUCCCAGCACUUUGUCCACAGGGACCUGGCCACACGCAACUGUCUGGUGGGAGAGAACCUGCUGGUCAAGAUUGGGGACUUUGGCAUGUCCAGGGAUGUGUACAGUACCGACUACUACAGAGUGGGGGGUCACACCAUGCUGCCCAUCCGCUGGAUGCCUCCAGAGAGCAUCAUGUACCGGAGGUUCACCACGGAGAGCGACGUCUGGAGUCUGGGCGUGGUCCUCUGGGAGAUCUUCACCUAUGGGAAGCAGCCCUGGUACCAGCUCUCCAACAAUGAGGUGAUCGAGUGUAUCACCCAGGGGCGCGUGCUGCAGCGGCCGCGUUCCUGUCCAAAGGAGGUGUACGACCUGAUGCUGGGAUGCUGGCAGAGAGAAUCCUACAUGAGACUGAACAUAAAGGAGAUCCACAGCCUGCUCCAGAGUCUGGCCAAGGCCUCGCCUGUCUACCUGGAUAUACUGGGCUGAGUGAGUCUGGGCCGGUGUAUGGGUGGGGGUGAGGGGGAGUUGCGUGUGUGUGUGUGUGUGUGUGUGUGUGUGUGUGUGUGUGUGUGUGUGUGUGUGUGUGUGUGUGUGUGUGUGUGUGUGUGUGUGUGUGUGUGUGUGUGUGUGUGUGUGUGUGUGUGUGUGUGUGUGUGUGUGUGUGUGUGUGUGCCCGACUGUGCUGACUGUGCUUCUGCCUCCUCAUCACAUAGAGAAAAGCCUUAAAUUUGAUUGACAUUUCCUUUCCUUCUCCAUUUGAGGAUACUCUUAGGACCAGUUUCUCAAACCCAGAUGAAAUAAUCCAGGAGUAGGCCCAAUUCUGAUUUAGUUCAUCAAGAGCUAAAAAUGAUUUAAUCUAUUAACUUUUGAAUUACAUACUGCUGGACUGUGACGGGAACUUUUUAAAGGAAGUUUAAUCAUAGUCCAACAAUAAUUGAGGCCAUGUCCAUGAAACCAAAUGAACGGUAAUCUUGAUUAAAUUGUAAUCUGGGUCUGCGAAACAAAUCAUUAACUGUAUUAUUGUACUCUUCUUGUACACUGUAAUUGCUGGGGAUGAACAAAGGGAAAAUGACUGUGUCCAAAUGAUCAUGGACAAUGUAUGGACACGUGCCAACAUGGAUAGAGCUUUUCCUUGUUCCUCCAAACAUGAGGAACAUCUCAUGUGGAACGACAUAUAAAGUCCAAGUAAUACUAUUAUUUUUUAAACCCAUUGCAAUGAAGUAAGGCUUACCGCUUAUAGUGUCAUGGACUAUUUUUAUGAUGUGAGAACUUUCUUAUUGAUGUCAGGUGCUUUUGACUCUGUUUUCAUGUUACCACUUUACAUUUUGAUUGGUGACUGAAUUCUGUCAUCAUGGCCAACCAGUCCAGAGCUGUGGAGUUGAUUUAUUAUGGUACUUGAAGGGUACCUCUUAGGACUUAUAAUGACUUCAUAUCACAUUAAUAACCAAUAUAUACCACAGUAUGAAAGAAAACAUCCAUGUGUUAUUCAUGUGUUAUAAAGUCUAUGUAG